CUACAAGUAGAGCUUGUCGCGAGGGGUCACGCCUGGGAAAAAAAAACGAGGACGUCGGCAUGUGCGCAACUGCGGCUUGGAAACUGGCUUCCGUUCGCCCAACUGUUUGUGCCGAGCGUCGGUGGCGAGCCGUUCCUGCGAAGCUGAGCGAUUGGAGGAGCUGGUGACCAGGCGGCCAUGUUUAGCUUCCACAAGCCCAAGAUCUACCGCUCUGCGCUCGGCUGCUGCAUCUGCCGAGCCAAGUCGUCCUCAUCGCGAUUCACUGACUCCAAAAAGUAUGAGGCCGAGUUUGCGCGCUGCUUCCGCAUUGUGGCUGAGGAUCGCCGCUCGGGCGAGAUCUGCAAUGCCUGUGUGCUUUUGGUCAAGCGCUGGAAGAAGCUCCCACCCGGUACCACCAGAGACUGGCAUCAUGUGGUUGACGCGAGGGCAGGUCCCGGGACAAAGUCGGUGAACAAGGGCAAGGUGAAACCGCCAAAGCGGCCGCUCAAAAAGCACCAUCGACUGACCGCUGAGAAGCGGUGCAAGCUCGAUCUGAGUGGCGGCGCCCUCUCGGACGACAUCACCAUCGGCGAUGAGAGCCUGAGCGAGUCGUCGAUGCCAUCACCACCAGAGAGCCGGGCAGCCAGUCCGACCCCAAGCAACUCGUCCGAGGACUCCGGCAUUCUGGACGAGGAUGAGGAAGAGUAUGACGACGAAGACCACCGCCGGAGCUGCCGCACAUUGAAAUCACGACCAUUAAAGAAGAAAAAGAAGAAGCGGAAGCAGAGAGGCAGCGGGAGCAGCCGUAGGGACGACUACGUGGUGGAAUCGUCUGCCAACAGGCGGGGAAAACUGGCAACGCCUUUUAAGAUUUCGUCGUUUCUCGACAUGAGCUUCUGGAGGAAGGAGAAAGUCUGCUGUGGCAUCAUCUUCAAGGGGCUACACGGGGAGGUGCUGAUCUAUCCCAAGCUCCUGCGGCCUUGCCGAUGCAGACGGCGGCGCCUGGGUGCCACAAAGGCACCUGCAGAAGUCACCGAUGCCACCAAGGGCGGCACCCAUCUUACGGCAGAGGACACCGACACAUCGACAAUGCCAAUGGACAUGUCGCCAUCCUCCACCAUAGAGUCAUCAUCUGCGCCGGUUACCACGGUACUGAUGCCCGAGGCGUUGCCAACAGACGACAUAGGCACAUCUGCCACCCUCCUCUUUCCCACACCCGAGAUAUCGGACUGCAACCCAAGCAGUCCAGACGCUUCUGAAAACCUCUCGCGCGGUUCCACCUCACCAGAUGGCGCCAGCGAUUAACGUUGGCUUAUGCCUUAGGGUGUCCCACAAAUUCUUUUUUUUGUUUUGUUUUUCUUGCUUCCAUUUGUUUUCUGUUUUGUAUUUAUUUCCUCCCGCUCUCCUUGUUAGAUUCAUGUUCAAUUUGUAAUCUCAACUGUAUAUGCCCACCUCCACCCCUCCCCUACACAACAUACCCAGUCCCUCCAGACUUGUUAAUCAUGCCCUGCACCUUGACCUAAUUUAUUGCCCUUAACUUAUUCCCUUGUUAUGACAAAUGCCGGUUGUUUUUCUUCCGCUGUCAUGCUUAGUUGGCAAAAGCUUCUUUGGGUGGGGAAACUGACACAUGCAUCAUUAUGUUUUCGACCUGUUGCUUCUGUACCACCCUUUAAGCUCUGCGUGUGUGUUAAGUUUCAGUUUUCGUUUUCUUUUGCAUGUUUCAAACAUCCGUCAUGGGUGUACCUUUCUUUUCUUUAACACAACUUUAAGUGUCGCACAUGUAGCGAGGCUUGGUAACCGAGUUUCCCUUGCCAGCAGUGCUGCUGUGUUUUCUAAACUUACAGUUUCUGUUGGUCAUAUUCAGUCUUGCAGAUCAUGUUCAGUUGCAGAUGUAAUGCUGCACCACCCCAUCCUGUUGUUAAAUUUGACAUUUUACCCGAAUUUGCUAAUGAACUUUAGUGGUUUUCAACAUACCACACAUCUCCCCGUUAAGAGGGAGAUCUGUGAGGUUUUUUGCUGUGACAGAACGUUGAGUAAUGCGACUCUUGUUUUAUUGUACCGGCAGAAAAUGAUUUGUAACGGUGCCCAAGCAUUGUUUCAGAAGACCUGUUUGUGUUUGGUGUGCACGGACCCCGGAAAUUUGCCAUUGCACAUUCUGUAGGUGAAACUGCUGCGCAUUUCGUUGCUUCGGCUCGGACCAAUUUUGAAAGCCACAUUAUUUUCUUUCUUUUUUUGCUUUUAAAGCCAGCGAGUGCAGUUUUCAUACAGUACAUUCCAAGCCUCGCAUCAGCAUAGCAUUGAGCCUUCAUGUUUCAUUACUGGAAUUUCUUUUUCAGUUCUCCAUGAAAGUAAUAGAGCCUGUACAAUGAAAUGCGGCUGCAGGCACCAUUUACAGUGAAUGUUGUGUUUGGUUGUGGAUCUUCAUUAUGCCUGCAGGCCGCUGUAUACCUUGAAUGUCACAAAAGCUUAUGAACAGGUUUCUUUCCUUUUUUCUUUUCUUUUUGUACUGCAUUUUUGAUAGUGUAACGGCGCAAUCAGGUCAUUUCUGGAACAAGACAAGAACAGAAAUUAAGAAAAGGUAGCCACACUCGUGCAAGCUAUGUUGUCAUUCACACCUCGUUCCGACAACGAGUACAUCAAAGUGGUGAGAGAGAGAGAGCGCACAUCACUUCUUCGCCAAGUGCAUUCUCUGUGGCGGGGUGUUUAAGUUCUGCAGUGACAUUGUGUUGCGACGCCAUCGCGGGUUUUGUCCUCGGGGUUUGCUUCAACUGCGGGGGUACUUACUCUCUUCCCGCGACCUAUGAAGCAGUAUUUUGCCAUCUAGUUGGUUCCUCACCAGCUCCUUGGCUGUCAUCAGCCUUGCUCACCACAAAUAUGCACAGUUCCGACAGGAGGCGAUGAAAUGUUUGCACCGGAUCCCACGGAAACGUCUUGUUGUCUAUACUUGUCCUGAACAACGGCAUGGUCAUCCCUCGCGAGGAAAAAAAAAAAGGAGGCUGCGCGCAGGUUUCCCAACUAUGAAUCAAAGGGAGUCGGGAGCCGAACUGGUGGGGGUGGCGGGUGCAUUGGCCGAAGCGUUGCCGUCAAAGUCAGUCACUCUUCCUGCACCCUUCCCUGUUGUGGGAGUUGGUAUUGCUCUGCUGCAAUGGAAUAUGCAAGCUUUCUGCAUGCUCAUCAAACCACCACCAUGCUCUGCGGACUUUUCCGGGCGAGACAGCAGUGCACCUCAAUCAAUGCUCGGUCAGCAAGCUGCAUUUUUAUUCAGCCGAGCUGACUUGCUUGAGAGGUUCCGUAGCUGUAUCGAACUGAGCUCGAACUCAUCGUCCUGUCUUCCUGCAGUUCACUGCAAUGCAUAAGGGCGCCAUAGAAGCUGCUAAACUUGGAAGUCCCGCCAUGCCUCAGAACGCUGUUUCAAACGUGUUUCUGCUAGGCUCGGGGUAGUGGGAAGCAGUUGUGCUCAACUGAGAGCACCUUCUAGCGCCGAAGCCGCGAAGCGAGUUUUUUUUUCCUUUUUUUUGUUUUUCUUCGGCCGCGAGGAGAAUGUUAUGCAGAACUGGUCACCACGUCUCGUUGUCGAGGCGAGUUGGAGGACUCAGGGAGUCUUUACAAAGGCGACACCACCACAUAACACAUUUUUUCCAUUUUUGUACUCUAGUCAGAAGGAAAGUCAAACCGCCGUCACCAGGUGGCGGAGGUAUGGACAAAAAAAAAAAAAACCUUUGUCUCAUUUGAGACGCACCCCGUCUGAGUUGAUGAGGAGUAACCUAAGCACCGAUGUUGCUCACAGCAAGAGUGGUCAUGAUGAAGGAUCGUGGUGAAGGAUCAUGGAUGAGCUGAACUUCGAUUAUCAAGUUUGCGGACGCUGAUUUUUGGACGUAUUGAGGACUGGCAUGGAUAAGGCUAUUUAUACUUUGGCAGGUUGUAUGGUUGACUUUUGAAGGUGUGCCAUGAAUGAUGAGUAUCUUGGAGGCUGCAUGCAGUUUGGUAUUCCUUCCUUGCUUUAUUGUGGUUUUUCUCCAGUGAUAUAGUUUGCUGCCAAGAAGCGUGAACGUUUAACAUUUGCUGCUUCAAAGCUUAUAUCUCAGAUUGGCAGCAUUUUGUUGAUGGUGUAGAUUAGGCUGUCUUGCCUAGCUUUUUGUUCAACUCUGCUCGUUCAGUCUCGGUUCAGAUGUGAACAGGUGGUGUUCGGCAAGUGCUGCAUUGUCUUGUUGCCUUGCAAACGAAGCAGCAAGUCAUCAAAAGUAUAAACGUAAUACUUGUUGCCUCGCCUUUGCUAUAUUUGGCUACAACUUGACCUUACAAACAGUGCUGCUGACCUUCUUGUUGAAACUUUCUGGAGGACCGGGUGAAAUCAUCCACUCGCACCCAAGAAAACUACCGCCGGGCUUUGCGAGUCAUUGCCGUACCUGCAUAAAACGCUGACUCGUUUGUUUUUGUUGACGCCACCAAGUACAACAUCUUGUGUCCGCAUCAGCUGCAGAAUCUCGUCAAAAUUGAGAACAGCUGACAAAUACGGCUCAUUGAGAGGUUCCCCCAGAAAGGCCCUCAGUCGUUGGGUGACAGUGCCCACAACUUGAGGGGUGUGUGUUGUAGUUUGGCUCUUAUAGCUAGCGGAUGCCAUGUGCUGUUUCUCUUCUUGACCGUUGUUGUGCGCUGUUUUCUCCAGAGAGUGUUUCGCAUUUCCCUGCGGUUGUUGAAAUCUAUGCCCAGCCCCAUGUGAGUCGUUAGUAUUGUGGUGGUAAACGAGCGAGCUUUUCAGAGAGGUUUCGGUGGGUGUCGGCCAAGCCUGCAGCAAACGUACGUUGCCAUGUAAUUCUUUUCAUCUUUAGCCCUCGAGGGCUGCGAGUCUAGUUGCUCCAUAAUGACUUGGCACAACAGAGUUGCAUUGCGACACAUUUGUGUCGCGCUCGUGAUCUACUUGUCACACUUGUGACACGCUCUUGACUUUUAUUUGUUUUAGUGCAUGUAUUUUCCUGUUUAAACUGGAAAUCAGAAAAGUCGCAGAUGUUGCAAAGCAGCAUUAUUAUUUAAUGUUUUCAUGCAGUUGGGAACUACAUUGCUUUCAGUCUGAAUAUUAAAAAAGCACGUAGCACGGUAUGGAGCUUGGUGUGGCAUGACUGCUCGAUUUGCAGUUGCUGAAAAAAAUUUUCAUUAGUCCUACACUCAUUGCAGAGUACACGGGCAAAGAACGAGAAAAAAAGCAAAAAAGAGAAGUUAGAGGUUGCUGCUCUGCGACUUAGUACAGCAGCACAGAUCAGAUCAGCUUGGCACAUUAGUUUGCAGGGCUUGACAGCCACCGAGCAUCUCUUUGCAGGAAUGAAAGAAAGCUGCAGUGUUGCGAGAAAGUCGAGUAGACGAAAUGUUGUUGUGAGCUUGUCGGGAAGUCACUGCCACUUUUUUCUAAGAUGAAAAAAAAAAAAGAAUCCCAAAGCCCACGUUUUACCGCGCUUGUUCUUGCCAACCGGCUAAAAAGUCGUGGUUGCGUGUGUUUGGGAGGCCGGGUGUUCUUUCUAAGGGUUUUUUUUUUUCUUCAUAGCAGUGUGUGCUUUGUAACCAUGUGUGAUCGUCUCCAGUUGUUAAUUAGUCCUUCUGCUGCAUUCCAACAUGCAGCUUUGCUGUCGUGGGAUUUGAUCCUCUGCAUGCAUGUUUGUUCACCCAGUGAGACCGAAGUACAUCCCCACAAGAAUUGUCACUUAGCUUUUAACACCAACCUCCUCUUGUGGUGUACGCAAUGACACAGGGCCAAAACUGAAUGCAGAACCUGAAGCAUGCUAGGCUUGCUUAAUGUACUGCCUGAAAUUUGAUGCAGUGAGUCAAAUAUGCAGUCAAAAUAGCCCAAAUCGUACUCUUUUUAGCAUUUCAAUGAAUCAUAGAUGCGUGCACAUCUUUUCUUUCAUUUCUUCGGGUGCUUUUGAUUAAUUUCGUACCUGAACGAUUGCACGUGCUUGACAAAAUGGGGACUGUAAGCUAUUAAAAUGACUCGCAGCGUUUGGGUGUCGUGUGAGCGCAAGUUGCAUUGAUUGUUAAGACUUGCUGUUUUAGUGGCUUGUGUGGAGAAUGAAAGCAGCAGUGUUAUAUGUGCGGGCAUUUUGCUGCGCACUACGUCCGCUGACUGCCGAUGUAGCAAUAGCACGAAGCGCAGGUUUCUUGCGCAGAUUGGCCUUGUGUCAUCCCCACUUGUAAGGUAGUGGCAAUGUGUAAGCUGCGCUGCAAGAGAAAUUUCUAUGUUGUCCAGACACUGGGUACUCUUUAACCCCUGCAGUAUUAGCUGUCCAACUCUGUGUGCAGGAUUUUUCUGCGUCAAUGGCUUGCAACUGUGUAGCCUCGUCCCCGAUGUGGCAUGAAAAAAAAAAAAAAGAAUGCUUGCUAGCACGACAUUUGGUGCCUCAGCAUAAAUGUCAGACAUCAGGCCUAUGCUUGAAAAAACACUUGCACAGCAGAUCUGAGAAGGAUUGGCCUGUUGUAAGGCUGCGAAUCGUAACCUAACAAUUGCAAGAAAGCUGCUCACUCAAAAAGACGUUAGAAAAUGUAUGCUAAGCCAGAUUGGUAUGGACUUCUGGAAUACUGAAGAAGUCCCUUUUCGUUGAUGCUCCGUAGGCCAGAAUUGGAUUAUUGCGAGCUGGGUGGCACCUGGACAUUGAGAUUUUUGCGCUAGGUCUCUGUGAUGUCAUGGAUAUUGAGAUGUCCGCCCAGCUUUAUCUCGAUUUAACAGUUAACAAUACCGAAACAAAGAUGACAGUGGAUUCAGGACCACGCAAAGGCUCAACUUGUUGGCCUUUGUCACAUUCUCCUGUGCACAAUCUGGCCUUGAAAUCUGCCCCUCCCCUUCCUCACCCCGCUUCUUCUCUUAAAUUUUUUUCAGAAGGGAAAAGUUUAGAUCAUUUUCUCUGGUUGUAACUGACGCAACCGAAGAUCUGUGAAAGAUCUCCAUUCUAGGCAGAUUUGGUGCUUCUCUUUAGCAUUCCUUUAAUGCGACACAAUCUUGCAGCCAAGUUUCACCUUGCUUCAAACCAAUGCAUUGAACAUUGUGUGUGUGUGUCUCUACCUUUUGCUCGAUGUAUGCGUCCUGCAUGCAAGACCCCCAUUCCUUUUCCAAAGCUUUCUUUCGCAUUUUUGCGGUUCGUUCCUAUUGUAGAUAGCAGACAUGACAGUCCUAAACUUGCUGUGUCAUGACCGCAGAACCUCGUGGUACUUAAGGGCAUUGAGAAAAAAAAAACAUAUAUAGCAGCUUGUUGUCAGGUGCAAAUUAUUUUCUUUUUUGUCUGUGCAUGUGUUUUUUCUUUCAAAGUGCAAUUUACCUUUUGGUAUGUUCUCGUGGGUGAGAAUGUUUGUUCACUUAAUGUUCAUGUGUACAUUUUUCAGAUUUUUUUCUUUCUUUUUGUUAUUAUUUUUUUUACUUGUUUGCCAGCGUGGUGUUGAGUUGCAUAUUUAGGCCACUUGCAUUGUGAAUACACAUUGGAGAAUUUUUUUUCACUUAUUUAUGCUGGAAGCAUUUUACAGGCUGACCAACUUUUUGCGUGGCAUUUUUAUCUCGUUUUUGUCAUCACUCCAUAUCGUUGAGAUGAUUAUGAAUGGGAAGUAUGAAAAUGCAAUAACUCUGUGACAGUGUUUCUGUUAGUGCACCUUAGACAAGAACUGCAUGCCAUCUGCUUAUAUGUUGCGUCUAUUUUCUCUCCUUUUUUUAAAAAAUUUUCAUCUCUAAUUGACGUCAUUGUUGAGGCCUGCAUGUUCCUGCUUUAGGGUUUAUGCCGCUUGGCCUCGGGCAAUUGCUCUUUACACACCACUCAGGCCUGCGUGCAUAAAAGAAUGCAUUAUAAUGAAACCAUGCAAAAUGAAAUGUGAUUUGCCCACCCCGAUGUUGCAGCUCAAAUCGCGCAGGCCCGGCUGUUUGAACGAGCCUCUCGCCAUCACCUCUUCAUUCCUCCUUGCAUUCUGGAACAUUUUUUUUUUUGUAAUUCUGUUCCCCCCAGUGCUUGUAAUUUGCCUACCUGACACCAGGUGGCUUGAGCGAACGAUAACCCGGUGAUUCUCAUGAUGCAUGCUCGUGACAGUGUCACGAGGUGCAUGCAUCGCGUCCGUGACUUUUGUCGUCUCUUGUCCUACCUCCUCGAGUGUAAUUGUUUCUCAUGUCCCGACCAUGCGUCGUUAUGUGUGUUAUCAUCUGUGUAUAUUCGGUUUCUUGCACCCCAGCUCGGAAAUGCCUGUGAUCGUGCAUUUGAAGCAAAACCAUUUGCACCUUCUUCACGUAUUUCAAUUGUUUGGUGUUUUCUAAACGUGAAUGCAUGCAGUUCGGCGCAGGCAACAUUUGUGGGGUUUCGCAUAACAGCACCAUCUGGUGUAAAAAUAGGGAAAUUCAAGGCUGCAGGAUGUUUCUGUCAGCCAGUGUACCAGCUAUGGAGCGCAAAAGUACCUUGCCUAUUAAUGAAUUGAACUAUUAGACGUUAUGCUUGGUAAGAUCUGAAACGUGUUGCCAGAUUUUGUUGCAGUGCUGGUUCAAGGAAGGGUUUCAGCUUCCCUAGGAAAGAAUAAGUCUUUGUUGAUGAGGUUGGCAAUUCCUAAAAAGGAUUCGCAUUAUUUGCCCACAUAGUAAUGGCACAAGUCUUGGCCAUCAAAUUAGAUCCAAGAGAAAAAAAUCUGCUGCACGUUAACCACAUGACGUCGGCCAAACACCACGACGCUACCCGGAGAUGUGCCACGCCACACUGCAUUUUCUCGAGUUCGACGUGCCCGGUCAUAAACAAGUGUGCGUGCUUUCUAUAUCGAUGUUUCCCUGCUGUCCAUGUUGAAAUUGAAUGCGAUACCAUUGGUUUCUCGGAGUGAGCGUGGAUGUAGUGAGUGUUCACAACUUGUUUUUUUGUUCCCCCUUCAUCGUAGUCAUACCUCAAGUGGUCGUAGAAAUAAACAUACAUCUCAUGUCAA